AGUGAAGUUUGGGCUUGUUUUCAAUUUUAGCUUAGAAAUGUUGUCACCAAGAUCUGUCAACGUUAAGUCGUUUCGUUUCAUUGUGUUUACCACACUUGUAAUAUUCUGUGUCAUGUUGGGACUAAAACUCAUGGUUAAUCUUCCAGAACCUAGUAUUUAUACUGUGUCAGAUGAGAGCAAAGCUGUGUCCUCACAAUCUAGACAACUCAGAGCUCAGAUUGGUAGACUUAAACUUCUACUGGCAAAAAACGGAAUUGCCAAUCCAUACGAAAACCUUGAGAGUUUGCCAACUAUUUACGCAAUCACUCCUACCCAUACUAGACCAUUACAGAAAGCAGAGCUUACUAGAAUAUCUCAGACAUUUCUGCUUGUUCCAAAUUUUCACUGGAUCGUUGUUGAAGAUUCAGAAACAAAAACUCCUUUAGUUACUAAUUUGUUGGCUCAAUCUGGUCUGAUGUAUACACAUCUUAAUGCAGAAACUCCAAAAGAAUGGAAAUUGCUCUUAGAUGAUCCUCAAUGGAAGAAACCCCGCGGAGUCAAGCAACGAAACGCGGCUCUACAAUGGCUUCGAAAUCACGCGGAUCCACGGAAACCCGCCGUCGUCUUUUUUGCUGAUGAUGACAAUACCUACAGUCUGGAACUUUUUGAGGAGAUGCGAACAACCAAGAAGGUGUCCGUUUGGCCAGUUGGUCUAGUAGGAAGUGUGCGAUUCGAGAGGCCGAUACUGGACGAGCAUGGUAAAGUAGCUAAUUGGUCAACAGGCUGGAGACCCGAACGUCCAUUUGCCAUUGAUAUGGCGGGUUUCGCCAUCAAUUUGAAAUUAUUGCUGGAUAAUCCUCAAGCUGAAUUUUCAUUUGACGCCCCUAGAGGCUACCAAGAAUCCACUAUCUUGGCCGCAGUUGUUACGAAAGAUGAGCUGGAACCUAAAGCGAGCAAGUGCACUAAGGUUUACGUGUGGCACACUCGUACUGAAAACCCAAAACUGGACGACCUUAAAGGAAAAGUUCCAGGCAUGAUCGUCGAUUGGACAGUUGAAGUUUAAAGUCUAAUUGAUUGUUUGUACUUGUUGAUCUUUGCCAAUUCUGUAUCCGCUUGGAUUGCCUUUCCAUGUUUUUUAACUCUAAAAAUGUAUUUUUUUUUUUAAUUCA